AUGAUGCAGAUAUGUAGAAGCUUGAGACAACUUUUAAGGUUUUCCCGGCGCAUUUCUUCUGGAAUAUACUUAGGGCAGAGCGGAGAAGCCAGAAGAGGUUACUCUGUCUCCACUUCAGUCGCCCCAUUUCGUUCAUUUCUUAGAACCACCAACUACCCAGGAAUACUUUGGUGGAACUUCUCUUAUUCUCAGAGGUAUUCGACAGCAUCAGAAGAAGCAUCUACUAGUAUUCCUGCCCCUACAGCAGAUGAUGACGUGGUCUCCUUUGUUUGA